AUGGCUUCUCCCUUCAAAAGCUCAUUACUUUCCUCCAAAGCUACGAUAGCUGAGGAGAACACCUACGAUAACGAUGAUACCUUUGCUGCAUCAGCCACGAAGGCUAGGAAAUACGCUUCUCCUUCCAAGGAUUUUCAACCAUUCGGCGGUGACGAGGAUCUCGAGAUGGUGGAAGAAGUGGCUCGUGAUAUCUUCGGCAUUGAGCUGCAGUCUGACAGGAAAUCUUCAUCCGAGUCGCCAUUGUCAAGAGAGUCGUUAGAGCCUAAAUCAGUGCCAGAGCCUCAAUCCACACCUACUAAAGAUGCUGAAUCUGACGUUAUGAGUCAAUCCGACGAUGAGGAUAUCGACCAGAAGUUGGAAGAACUACAAGAAGAGAUUCGCCACGAACCCGCUGACAUGGACACAUUCUGCUUCAAUACGAUGGAAGAUCUCCAGGAGCCCUUCCGGAAUCUUGAACAAGCGGAAAGUGUGGACGUUGGCAUGGAUUCAGAAGAGGCUGAUUCGAAUGAGGAGCCGGAGGCUGAAGAAGAAAGCGGGUGCGAACCCGAUUUGCUCUCCCAACCUGCGGAACCAACCGAUGAGCCUAUUGAGUCUAUGGAGGCAGAGGAAACAGAUAUUUUUGAUAUACAGUCUAUGGAGGUUCCGUCCUCCCCUUCCCCGCCGUCCGAACCGACACUCGGGCUGGAUGCUCUCGAAGAAGCGCAGUCUCCACCCUCAGUCCACGAAGACCGGUCUGAGCAGGAGGAGUUCGACCGGGAGGAAUACCCUGCGGAAUCUAUCCGCCACGCAGACGAAGAACAGGAGAUGGAGAGCGAACAAGAAGAGAUGGUAGACGACGACUUCACUCUUGUGCAAUCCGAAGCCGCCUUUUCGGUGAUUUCCCAGCCUCGCUCGCCAUAUGAAUUCAGCGAGGGCGAAAGCAACACCAGCCCGAUCCAGAGGACGCACCCUAUUCCUCCCUCAGCACCAACCCCUCCGACCGAUGGGAUGACACCAAUGUCCAUAAGAGAAGAAUACAGCGAGGGAAGUGUCAAGUCUAUUGACCGACUUUUCGACAUCAACUACGAACCCCGGCCGGCUGCCCAGGAGAGUCCUUUCGACACUACUCAGUCCGAGUUUCCUACUCCCGUAGCGCCCAGUGUCUCCAACACUCCCAGUGUUCGGAACAACCGGAAGUCUGUCACAGGUGUUGACCUGGGCUUCACCCCUCUUGCAGACCGAUUUGGCGGCUGGGAAACCAAUACCCCGACUCAAGAGAGAACACCCCGACCUCGUCGGCGUGGCAUGUUCUCUCUCGUUGGCCCCUGGAAAAAACCGUUGAGAGUAAUACUCCCACCCAAGAAGACGAGGUAUCAUACCCUGACCUCUCGCGCACUCCGCUCGCAAAUACCCCAGCCUUCUGAACGGGACCUCGAAAUGAUCGACUCACCGAUCAAGAGCGUCAUCUUCGAGGACCCUGAGCCUGCCGCAUUUGAAAACGAAGAAAUGGAACAGACUGAACCACGCGGGGAACUGCCUGCCCACGAAUCGACAGACGAUGAAGAGCAGGUCUUUUCUGACGAGGACAAAGAGAACUCGGACACUACUGCCCCUGCCCUAGCCACCCCAGUGAGGCCCGUUCCCGAACAAAGCCGAACAGUUCAUACCGUCUCAAAGGUGCCGCUGAGAGACGAGGGCGAAGUCUCACCGUUGAAGCUGCCACGGAAGCGUGGCCACUCCCUUUCGAGCACAUCUCCCACUCGCUCUUCGCCCCGCGUUCCCAAGCCCAUUUUCCCUCAGCGGAUCGAAAGCAUGGCCAUAUUUUCUCCCCACAAGGCACCACGAGCAUCACGAAGCCCAAGUCCCAAGCGUCGUUGCAGUACCCCUAGACGCUCCAGUGGAAAAAUCCGGGACAUGGCACCCCCCAAGGCCCCAUCUGUCGCUGCAAGCCCAGCGAAGACUCCGCGCCCCAACUUCAAUCCAAGCAGUCACGCUCUACGCGGUGCUGUUGUGCACGUGGAUGUCCAUACCACGGAAGGUGAAGAUGCAUCAGGCAUUUUCCUCGAACUUUUGCAACAAAUGGGUGCCCGAUGUGUGAAGUCGUGGUCUUGGAACCCUGGAUCUAGCCUUUCUCCCGUCGAUGGGGCAGACCCGACGGAGGCUAACUCCAAAGUGGGUAUCACCCAUGUGGUUUACAAGGACGGUGGCCUGCGGACCCUGGAAAAGGUCAAGCAUGCAGGUGGUCUCGUCAAGUGUGUUGGUGUUAACUGGGUUCUUGACUGCGAAAGAGAAAACAAAUGGCUCGACGAGACCCCAUACACUGUUGACUGUUCUAUCAUCCCUCGCGGUGGGGCCAAGCGUCGCAAGAGCAUGGAGCCGCGUGCAUUGAGCAAUGUGAACGGGACCCUUGUGCGCACUGCUGAGCCAUCCACCCCCUCUGCCAGUGGCCGUCGCUACGGUGCUAACCUGGGCGCCGUGGAGACCUUCCGCAAGAUCACACCGCCAACCCCGGUUCAAGUGCCAUCCACCCCCGAGCAAACCUCCAAUGACCGCUACCGUGUCCCUCAAACCCCGGGCUACAACUUCGCCAACCUUGAUGCCAUCGGCAUAUCCCCUGCCACUCCUUAUAUGGUGUCCAGCCGUGCUCAGCUGGUUCAGCAAUCCUGCCCGCCCAAGCAGACCCACCGAGGUUUGUUCUCGGCGAACAAGCCCAGCUCGCGCCGAGGCUUGUUUGAUGAUGAUGAAGACGAUGAGAGACGUAAGCAGCGUGCUCGCAUGGAAGCUGCACGUCGCAAGACCAAUCUCUUCAAACCCUCUGCUGGAAGCCCGCUUGGGCGGUGA